GGCUGCCAUGUUGAAAAAAAAGUGACAUCUGCUGGAGGAUUCGCAUAACUCUGGAGAAAACAACAAUAUGCAUCAGACAAAACAUAAAUGACUUUGAAGAUAUAGUCAUCUACUGAACAUUUCGAAGUGAAAACGUCCAAUAAAUAUCAACCAACUCUUCGUAACACAUUAUCAUGACUCAACGACCAGAUGACCACAGGAGGAAGUGGAAUAGGGAGGAAUAUGAGAGGAUUGCUCUCCAGAGGCUUCAAGAGGAGAUUGCUGAGGAAGAGUUGGGGAUACCGAAAGCUCCGACAGUGAAGAGAGAGCUUCUCAAGCAAAGAGAUUACAAAGUCGACUUAGAAUCGAAACUUGGAAAGAGUGUUGUCAUCAACAAAGCCACACCAUCCUCACAGACUGGAGGAUACUAUUGCAAUGUUUGCGAUUGUGUUGUUAAAGACUCCAUAAAUUUUCUCGACCACAUAAAUGGAACUAAACAUCAACGAAACUUGGGAAUGUCGAUGAAGAUCGAAAGAUCGACAUUGGACCAAGUGAAAGCCAGAUUUGCUGCUAAUAAGAAGAAAAUGGAGGAGAAGAAGAAGGAUUAUGAUUUGGAGCAGCGAGUCAAAGAACUCAAAGAAGAGGAAGAAAAAAUAAAAGAAUAUAGGAAGGAGCGUAAGAAGGACAGAAAAAGGAAAAUAGAAGAAGCUAAUGAGGAAGAAGAAUCUGGGGCUGUUGAUGAAAUGGCCGCAAUCAUGGGCUUUUCAGGUUUUGCGUCCAAAAAUCGAAAAUAGUCGUUUUUAAUUGCAUUUCGCACGCACUGAAAUUACCAUUGAAGUUCGACGAAUGGUAAAUUUAAGUAAUAAAAUAGAAGGAUAAAAUGGUGAAUUGCGAUACUAGAUUUUUUAUAUAUUAAUGGAAUCUUUUUACAGAACAGUUUCAUCUGCACUCAAUAGAGUCUUCUACGUCAUUCUCUCCUCUGAAAGUACUUGUUGAAAAGUAUGAUUAUGCAGUGAUAUUAUUACGUUUUUUUCUGAGGAUAUUAAUAUAAUGAUAUUAAUAUCAAUUU